CUCGACUUUCGCUCUUUCUGCACCUCUCCUCUUCGCUCCGAUUGUUCCUUCUUGCUUGCUCCAUACCUCUCACGAGAGAUUUCAGUUUUUCUCCAUAUUCCCCCAAUUAGCUCAUACCAACUAAGCUUCGGUUCUCCCCACAUCCACCUGCCGGAACCAUCUUCUGUCUGUUACGAAACUCCUCCUGCCGCGAUGGGCACGCUUCACGACACGAACCCCUGCCAUCACUCCCUCGGGACCAUCUUCGCGUCCAUCCCCGACGAGGUCUCCCACGAGGCGCUCCUGCGCCUCCCACGCCACCUGCACGGCGCGCUCAAGACCGUCUCCAAGUCCUGGAGCUCCGCCGUGUCCAGCCGCGCGUUUUUCGAGGCGCGCGAGGCGGCGGGGGCUGUCGAGGAAUGGCUCUUCGUGCUCCCAGAGGACCCCGACCAGGGCGCGUUCCGCGCCUUCGACCCCAACUCCAACUCCUGGCACGCCGUGCCGCCCGUUCCCGGUCGGUCCAAGACCGAGGGUCUUUCGGAAUUCGCGACCGUGGCGGCCGGCGGCAAGAUGUACGUCAUCGGCGGCCGGGAGCGCGUGACGUCAGCAUCGCCCUCCGGGAUGAGCGGCGUGGAAACCGCAACGGCGUGCGUCCGCGUGUUCGACCCCAUCGCGUGGCGCUGGGAGUUCUGCGCGCCGAUGGGCGAGGCGCGCAUCUCGCCCGCCGCGGAGGUGCUGGACGGCCGUUACAUCGUGGUCACCGGCGGGCAGGGCCGACACGCGUUCCUGCGAUCCGCUGAGAUGUUCGACGUGCUCACCGGGGAUUGGCGGAGCAUCAGCGCGAUGCACGCCGCGAGAUGCGGGCACCGCGCUGUGGUGCUGGGCGGGCAGCUGACGGUGAUCGCGGGGGAGGUGGAGCGGCACGACAGCAUGUCUGCUGACGUCAUGCACUUACGUCAUGACGGAGACGGGCACGCGCGCGAGAGCACGGCGUCCGUCGAGGUGUACUGCCGCGACGCGGACCGGUGGGAUCUGGUGCCCAACGCAUGGAUCGACGACAGCAAGAUCCCGUGCCCCAUGGCCGUCUUGGGCGCCGACCUCUACGCCAUCCACCAGACGCGCCUCGUCGUGCGAGACGGCGCCACGGGCGUGUGGCGCAAGUGCGGCCCAGUCCCCUCGCUCCACGUCAGCAGCAGCUUCGGGCGGCAGAGCAGCGCGACCCAUGGCGUGGGCAUGAUCGCCUUCGGGGGGAAGCUGUUCGUGAUGGGGGGGUCUCGCGACGCGUGGGGGCAUGGCAGCAGCGGCGGCAGGGUGGGGCUGGAGGAGAUUUUCUGCUGGGAUCCCGAGGAGGAGGGCAGGCGCGGGCGGGAGGAGGAGGCGCGGCUGCCCAAGGGGCCCAUGGCGCCCAUGUUCGUGCGGCCGAGUGAGAGGCUGCUCAACUGGACGGCCGUUGGGGGCAUGGGCGGCGGGCGAGGGGCGAUUCUCGGGUGCGCGGUGCUGAGGGUGUGAGGGAAGGGUGGAGGGGAGAGGGGGUUGGGAUGCCUGGCAGGGGUGAGGGAAUGGAGGGGUUUGGGUUGGGUGCGAGGACAGGUAGGGACAGUAGGGGGGGUGUGAGAAUCAGAGCACUACUCGGUGGAGGCGGGUGAGAAGAGCAGCACGUGGCAGAGGGGGUGUGAUGGCAGGUGCAGCAGCAGCAUUGGUGUGUGCCUACACGAGCAGCGGAGCGGGGCGUACAAGCCCCGGGCCUAGUGAGGUGCCUUGACAAGCAGCAUAGCGGGUGUACAGGUCACACUGACACGGGGCCUAGUGAGCUGGGCAUGUGGCAGCAGCACGCUGUAAUGCCAUGAUGCCGUGAGUUUAUGGAGCAGCAGUGUGCCGCAAAGGAAGGGGUGCAGCAUGAUGAGAUGCUCUUGACUGUGGCGCCAUCCCCUCCUACAAUUUUGAAGUUAGGCUGUGUGUGUGCAGCAUGAUGCACUCCUGGGGCUUAGUCCCCAGAUCCAAUUUUGGAUGCCUCUUUGUUUUUGAAUGUAUUGAAUCAAAGCUGCAAGAGCUGGUUCACUUUUAAAAGCACAGUG